AUUUCACUAUAUUAACUUGUACCGCGAAUACUCACGUGUACGUAGUUUACCGCGUUUUCUUCUAAUGUUCGGCUCGUUUCUAAAAUAUUUAUGAAAUGGCGAAACUCAGUUCAUAUUACACAUUGUGUCCAUUGAUCGACCAACAAAAUCUUUUAGGAGUCCAAAAAGAUUCAGAUUCAGGUUGUGCUAUCGUUACUCUUGGUAGAAAUAUUGUGAUAAGAUACAAGUUGCAAGACUUGAAACAAAUAAGUAGUUGGUCAAGCAAAGAAAGACUUACAACUUCAGUAAUUUAUGAUAAAACAGCUCAUCGAUAUGCAGCUGUAUUUAAUGAAAGGAAAGUUAAAGUAUGGUCUGUUGAGGAGUCUGACUUAAAUAAUGUUAAGGGAUAUAAAUUUCAAUUUCCCUUCCAUACAAUUUUAGUUCACGAUGAUUUACCACCGGUACUGGUACAACAAAAUGGAGCUACAGCAUCUUUAGAAUGGGCAUUACAGAAUAGAAAAUCUUGGUGCAACAAAGGAAUUUUAAAUUUUGAAGAAAAAUUAUUAGACUGUCAAUUAAUAUACUUGAAUGGUAAAGCAAGUUUAUGCGGAUUAACAAGAAUAGAUCAAACAUAUAAUUAUAUUAUUGUUGAACUUGAUAAUGAUAACUGUGUACAGUUAGAUCAUAUUAAAAGAACAGAAUUAAAACGUACUUCGGAAGAACUUGUUGCUCAUGUAGUCAUGCAGAACAAAUGUAAUGCAUAUCUUUUAACUUUGUGGUCUCAUGGUAGAUUGUACAGUCAUUCAUUAAUGGAUGCCUCUGAUUCAGAGCCAAGUAAAUUACUCAGUGUUAUUACAAAUAUUGAUACAAAAUAUCCUGUUAUAAUGACAGCCUUGAAUGAAACAAUGAUAGCUGCUUAUGGAGCAGAUGUAUCAGAAGAAGGUGCUAUUCUAAUGAUAUAUAAUGUACAAUUUAAAUUAGUGCAAGCAACCCAAAAAUUAAAACUUUAUACGAAAGAAGCUAAAUUGUGGAGAGUAGAGGACAAACUACUACUUGCAGCAAAUAGACAUUUAGCUGUUGCUCCGUAUCGUCUUGCACCACAGAGGAUAGCAGCUAUGCUGGGUUCGUCUGUACGCUUUAAAAACAAUAAUGAAAAUGAAGAAGAUGAAGUAGUUAUUGUGCAAGAUUCAAUAAUAGCUCAAUGGGAAAAUACACAACCAAAACUAUCAAAAUUUUUGGAAAAUGACAUACCACAAAAUAUAUCAAAACAAAUAUUAUCUUACAUAAGCGAAGGAUUGAGUGAUGCAAGAAUACAAGAAGUGUUAAUACCACAGUUAAUUGAAUCUAAAGACAUUAUUGCAAUAAAUUGGUGUUUAAAUACUUUCAAGGAUUUAUCUGAAAAAUUAUUAACAGAUUUAUUAGCAUUUUCAUUAAGAACUUCAGAUGACAUAUUUAUUCCUUUGCAAAAUGGUAUGAGUAAUGGUAUGUCUGAUCAGAAAACUCUUUGUACAAGAAGUAAUUUUCUGGACAAAAUCUUUAGUAUUAGUUAUUCUGAUGUUUUUUUAUUAUCAUACCUAAAGACAGGCUUAAAUUUUAAUGAAGUACUUAGAUUGUUAAAUUAUUUAAUUGAAAAAUUAGAUAUUCAAGAAACUGUAAAUAAUGCGCUUGAUACAUUUGAGCCAAAUAACAAACAGUUAUAUGAUUGGUCUAAUCUUCUUCUUGACUCUCACUAUCAGCAUUAUAUUUUAUCACAAGACUCUCAAGUUUUAACUCUUCUUAAUAAAUUGAGUUUAAUAUUGGAGGAACAUUUUCAAUUAUUGAAGGAUUUGGAAAAUUUGAGGCCUAUGUUACAAAGAAUAAUAAAUGGAAAAUCGCUGAAGCCUUCUGUGAAAAAUUAUAAUAAAUUUUAUUCUAUAGAAGAAAUAAAAUUUUAUUAAAAAGUAAAUAAGGACUAAAUUACAUAAUAAUUUAUAUUAUCAAAGUUAUAUUGGUUCUGUAAAUAAACAGUAAUGUAAUUUUUACUUACAUUGAUAAAAUAAAUUAUUAUUUUCCUUA